AUGCAAGAACCGACCUAUGAUUCGACCCGCCCGAGACCGGCCAUUGAAAUCGUCUCUCAGUACAAACUGAAUGUCGCCGGUAUCACCGGAAAGACCGUCUGUGCCCUACGCGUGGUCUUCCCUCCGAAUGGAUCAACUCCUCCUCACAGACAUGGUGGCUGUGCCGUAUCGGCAUUCGUCAUAUCGGGCGCACUGUUGAACAAAAUGAACGACGAUCCGAUGAAGGUUAUCCAGUCUGGCGGUACCUGGUAUGAGGCUCCUGGUUGUCAUCAUCGAAUCAGCGACAAUGCAAGCAAGACCGAGGAAGCGGUUCUACUGGCUACUAUGAUCGUCGACACCGAGGCGUUGGAGCGGGAUGGAAUGGGCGCACUUAUUCAAAUUGAUGAGGAAUAUCGCUGA